AUGACAACGCUGCUCAACAACCCGCCGGAUUCGGGUCCCCCGCCACGGCAGAUUCGCUUCGUACAUAACCAGGGCCAGCCGCCCUCCAAGCGACGCAGGAUCAAUGCAGCAUGCUUGACCUGUCGAAGACGAAAGACGAGAUGCGCCGGCGAACGACCGCUGUGCUCGACAUGCACUAAGAACGGCCACCAAUGCUUGGGCUAUCCGGAGGACAGGAAAGACGGCGAGGGCGCGCCAAGGACAGGCGACGAGGAUGGAGCUUCAACGGAGGAUGCCAACCAAGGCGAUGACGACGCCGUGGCCAGGAAACGCGCUGCUUCGGGGCCCGCGAAUCGUCCGACGUCUUCUGGAGGAGGCAACCUGCAAGCUACGCCUGCUGUCGCUGGGGCCUCCGCUUCACGACCGCCGCGGCGCAAUAUCAAACAGACCAUCGAACUCGGCGCCGACGCCAACCCAAGCGACGCAGAGCCGCAGCAGUCGCCCGUGAUGCAUCAGCACCACCACAAGCACCAUUACCAUCACCAUCAUCAGGCUCAUCUCUCCGUCACAUCCGAUGACUUGCCUAGCUCGCCCACCCUCCGCCGAUCCGCCCCCAGUCGUCGCAUCCCUUAUUUCCGCUACUUUGGCUCCACGGCCAUCGUCCCCGGAUUCAAGCAAAUGGUCGUCUCCGUUCGCGACCGCCGCCGUUCGACGGGAGGCUCACAUUCAGGAGCCUCUCUCCAUUCGACUCCCAGCGGCGCGUUAGCCAGCGGCUCGGCCAUCGACAGCGACAUCGUCCGCGAAGACAUUCCCUCCUACGACCCCAACAACUCCGCCCCCGUCCAUCCCUUGAUUAUCCAGCUAGUCAACACCUUCUUCAUUCACGUCGGGUGCAACUAUCCUUUCCUCCAGAAAGACAAGUUUCUGCGCCAUGUCAAGGAGAAACGGGUCGAGCCGAUACUGGUCGAUGCAGUCUGCGCCAUCGCGGCGCGCUUCUCAGAUCACCACAUCCUAACGGGCGGCAACGACAAGAUGCCCCGGACCGAGAGGGGCCAGGUCUUUGCGCAGAGGGCCCGGCAGGCCACCGUCGACACCUUCCCUUGUCCUUCUGUGGGCGCAGUCCAAGCUUGCCUGCUGAUGGCAUACGAGGGCUUUGGAGAGAACCAGGACAGCGCGCUGUGGAUGUACCUGGGCUUGGCCAUUCGCAUGGCAGUCGAUCUUGGCCUUCAAAAGUGCGUGGGUAUCCAGUAUCAGGGCGAAAAGGAUCCUUGGUAUACCCGGCAUCGAAGUCGGGUUAAUGACGACGACCAUGACAGCCCGGAGGCGCACAAGGUGGACGGCGUCGAUGCACUCAGCCCGGAGGAACAGAAGGAGGUGGAACAGGAGCGCAUGUAUACGUUCUGGUCCGUCUUCAUCUUGGACCGGGUCAUAUCUUCCGGUACUGGACGGCCGGUGACGAUCCGCGACGGUGACUACGAGCUCGCCAUUCCCGAGUCCAGCAACGACCUGGCUACCGGCUGGCCAAACCCCUUUCCCGUUUUCAUCCAAAUCAUCAACCUCUAUGGCCAAGUGUGCGAUGUGCUGAACAAUCUUCGCGAUGCCCAGGACCUCACGCAGGACAAGUGGGAUCAGCUGUCCGAGAUGGAGCAUCGGCUGACGAAAAUGUACAAACACUGGGACCCGCGGCUACAGUUCAACGUCAACAAUUUCAAGACGUAUCUCGGCAUGGGUCAAGGCACCAACUUUAUCCUCCUCCACUUUUGGUUCCACGCGCUCUUCAUCAUCCUACAUCAACCGACUCUACUUACCCCCUUUUGCGAACUGAGGAGCGAGCUUCAGCUGCUCUCUGACAGCCGUGAGCUGAGCAUGAGCAGCGCCAAAACUAUAUGUGACAUUUUGUCCUUUGCCGACUUGAUAGAUCCAACGAGUUUUAUAGGCAAUCCGUUCACAAAUCAGCCCAUCUAUAUUGCGGCGUGCGCCUUUCUCAUGGAAUCGAGCGCCAACAAUGCCUCGGAGGGCUCGUCCAGGGAGGGAUCGCCUCCCACUCAGGGGAGCCGCUCUAAGCAGCAAACAAAGCACAUGAACAAGCAAUCUCGGCAUUCGCUUCUCGCGUCGGCCGCCAAUCAAAACUAUCAGCGAUGCUACAAUUCCCUACAGCAGAUCCAGGCAUACUGGGGCGGCGUAGGGUACAUUCUCACCGCGCUGGAUCAGAAAUCAAAGGGCAAGUGGGACUGUGAGACGUAUACCGUGGAGGAAUACGAGAGCACCAAGCUGCCUCCUCCGCGGCCGUCGAUUGGCGAGCAGCUCUCCCGGUUCGAGAAGCAGUCCUCGCCCAAGAUUGCCGGCUCGCCGAUCGCAUGGAGUCUUUCCGGAACGGCCAAUUCGCCCAACUCCAGCUUGACGCUCAUGUAUCAGGCUCUCAACGCCAGCAGCGGAGGCCACACCGGUUUCCCCCCUCCUGCGCCGCACACCAUGGCGAGGGCUGCGAACGGUUCGUCGCCGGGGAGCAUCACGUUGGACCCUAUUCGACACACGAUGCCGGAAGUGGGCAUGUUUACGCCGACGGUUCCGCAGCCAAACAUGUCCGCCAUUAGGAACUCUCCUCGGCGGCCGUAUGCUGCCAGCUCGAUGAACGCUGCUGGUGCGAACAACUCGCGCAAUCAGCAUGUGAUGGGAUUUGAAGACAUUCCAGAAGAGUCGCCGGAGACGAAGGGCCUGAUGUCGACUUACACAACAUCAGGCCAGGGAUACGACGCAUAUACUACGAGUGUAUCCCCGACCAGCGGCAACUCUGGCGGCAUGGUCAGUUCUUCCACGGCCGUGACGAGCGCUCCCGGGGGAAACAGCACGAACUCGAAUGCAAACAGCAGCAGCAGCAGCAGCAACAACAACAACAACAUGUAUUUCGCACAAAGCAUGGCGUAUCAGGCGGCCUGGGGCCCGAUGACGGGCAGUAACAUGGACGCCAUCACGUUCGACAGCCAGGACAUUGACAUUGAGGCCCUGGGGCUGCAGCAGCCGGAUCUGAUGGGCGGGUGGCUGGAGUAUCUCCCCAGUGACGUGCUGGGGCUGUUUGAUGAGCAUGGCGAGUCUGGGCAGGGCAGCGGCCAUUAA